GGGGCGACGGGGCGGGCGGGCACCGGGGCCGGGGGCGCUGUGGGUGCCGCGGGGCUGGGGGCCCCGGGGGCCGGGGGUGCCGAGCCUGGCCAGGCGAGGGGGCGCGGGCAAGUGGGACCGCGCGCGGCCGGUUCGCCCUUCCCUCCGGGGCCGCGUGCCCGCUCGGCUGCGCUCGGCACCGGGUCGCGGGCUGCAGAUGGGCGCCCGGGGUGCCCAAGAUGCGGGCGCCGGCCAAGGAACUCUUCCGCGACGCCGCCUUCCCGGCCUCGGACUCCUCGCUCUUCUCCAGCUUCUCCACGCCGCUGGCCCAGUUCCGGGAGGAGAUCACCUGGAGGCGGCCCCAGGAAAUCUGCGCCACGCCCCGGCUGUUUGCAGGUAGCCCACAGGAAGGGCAGGUGAAGCAAGGGCUACUGGGGGACUGCUGGUUCCUGUGCGCCUGCGCCGCCCUGCAGAAGAGCCGCCACCUCCUGGACCAGGUGUCUGCCUGCCGCCGCGGCCGCCUCGCCUCCUCUCUCUCCCUGUCUGACCACGUAGGAAGGAAGCGGAGCGGGGAGGGCGCCCCGCCAUCAGGCCCAGCGGCCCCCUCUCCCGCAGGGGCUGGCAGGGCGCUUUCUGCUGCACCUGCUCCACCAUCUCCCGAGCCCUGGGCCAGCCGUGUAUGUGUGACACACACACGCACGUGCACACACCCACACGUCUUCCCUCCGGGACAGCCGAGCUGGCUCGACCAGACGUACCGGGGCUCCUUCACCUGUCGAGUCUGGCAGUUUGGACGCUGGGUGGAGGUGACCGUAGAUGACCGUCUGCCUUGUCUUGCAGGGAGACUCUGCUUCUCCCGGUGCCAGAGAGAGGAUGUGUUCUGGCUCCCCUUACUGGAGAAGGUCUACGCCAAGGUCCACGGCUCCUAUGAACAGCUGUGGGCGGGGCAGGUGGCAGACGCCCUGGUGGACCUCACUGGUGGCCUGGCCGAAAGGUGGAACCUGAAGGACGUGGCCGGAUCCAGUGGCCAGCAGGACAGGCCCCGCGGUGCAGAACGCAGGACUUGCCGGCAGCUGCUCAGCUUGAAGGACCGCUGUCUGCUGAGCUGCUCGGUGCUCGGCCCCAGGACAGGGACCCGGGAGCUGGGCGAGUUUCAUGCUUUCAUCGUGUCGGAUCUGCGAGAGCUCCAGGAUCUGGCCGGCCGGAGAGUCCUGCUGCUGCGCAUUCAGAACCCCUGGGGCCGGCGGUGCUGGCAGGGGCCCUGGAGGGAGGGGGGUGAAGGGUGGAGCCGGGUGGAGCCGGCGGCCCAGGCGGAGCUGCUCUCGCAGCUGCAGGACGGGGAGUUCUGGGUGGAGGAGGACGAGUUUCUGCGGGAGUUUGACGAGGUCACCAUCGGCUUCCCCAGCACGGAGGCCGGCCACCUGCAGAGCCUGCACUCAGGAAAGGUGCUGUGCCACACUCAGGAGCUGCCCGGGGCCUGGGUCAAGGGCCAGUCGGCAGGAGGCUGCCGGAACAACAGCGGCUUCCCCAGCAACCCCAAGUUCUGGCUGCGGGUCUGCGAGCCCAGCGAGGUGUACGUGGGUGUCCUGCAGAGGCCACGGGUGCGCGCAGCUGGCCGCCCAGGCAGAGACUACCAGGCCGUGGGCCUGCACCUCUGGAAGGUGGAGAAGCGGCGGGUCAACCUGCCCAGGGCCCUGUCCGCGCCCCCCGUGGCGGGCACCGCAUGCCACGCCUACGACCGCGAGGUGCACCUGCGCUGUGAGCUCAGCCCGGGCUUCUACCUGGCCGUGCCCAGCACCUUCCUGAAGGACGUGCCUGGGCAGUUCCUGCUCAGGGUCUUCUCCACCGGGAGAGUCGCCCUCAGCGCUGUCCAGCCGGCCGCCCCGAGCCCCGGCCCCCGGGAGGUGCCGCCAGCGGGCGAGUGGGAGACCGUGCGGCUGCGGGGCUCCUGGAGGGCCGGCCGGACCGCGGGGGGCAGCCGCAACUUCGCCUCCUACCCCAGCAACCCGCGCUUCCCGCUGUCGGUGCCGCAGGGCGCAGGCCCGCGUUGCGUGCGCAUCUCCCUGCGGCAGCACUGCCGCGACCGCCAGUGCCUCCCCAUCGGCUUCCACGUCUUCCAGGUUCCAGCGGAUGGCGGGGGCCAGGACACACCCUCCCUGCUGCUGCAGGAGCCUCUGCUGAGCUGCGUGCCACACUGCUACGCCCAGGAGGUGAGCCGGCUCUGCCACCUGCCUGCCGGCGCCUACCGCAUCGUGCCCUCCACCUACCUGCCGGACACAGAGGGCGCUUUCACGGUGACUGUGGAAACCAGAAUCGACAGGCGCUCCAUUCACAGCCAGGAGAUGCUGGGGCAGCCACUCCGGGAGGCCUCCUUCAUGGCGGUGAUGAAAGCCUGAGCGGCUGACCGUGCUUGCGGGCUCUGGUGACCCACAGCGACCGGCCUGCAUGUGCCCCAGGAGCAGCAGCCCUGCGGUCCAGUGGGAGCCACAAGAAGGGCACCAGGGUCCUCGUGGCUGAGCCUCCCGGAAUCCUCCACGCGGUCUCUCCACUGCCUGGGAAACAGGCCGUACAGCGGACGGAGCGCAUCGGGACACACGUUAUUUGAACUCUUUGUUAGAAACGUUUUUAGGAUCCAGUUUAUAAAUAAACACGAGCACCGA